UAUAAAAUUUAACAGCUCUCAUAAAAAUUAUUAAUAAAAAAUGUCUGCCUCCCGUCGUUUAAGUCAUGAGCUAAACGAUAUUGUUGCCACGAAGUCAAAGAUGCUUCGUAAUAUUGAAGCCUCGGAUGAGUCGUUGUUACUUUGGACGGGUCUGCUUGUCCCGGAGAAGGUGCCCUAUAGCAAGGGAGCAUUUCGUUUUGAAAUAAGCUUCCCACCUCAGUACCCUUUCAUGCCACCGAAGAUACUCUUUAAGACGCAAAUCUACCAUCCCAAUAUCGAUGAAAGGGGACAGGUAUGCCUUCCCAUAAUCACAGCUGACAAUUGGAAGCCAACCACGCGAACCGAUCAGGUCCUGCAGGCUCUUGUUGACAUUGUGCAUAAUCCCCAGCCUGAGCAUCCUUUACGCUCCGAUGUGGCCGAGGAGUUCGUAAAGGAGCAUAAAAAGUUUCUUAAAACUGCAGAGGAGCUCACCAAGAAGAACGCAGAAAAACGUCCCCAAUAGGAUAUGGUGGGACUCUGGGCAGCACAUAAUUGUUAAUCAAAAUUCGAUAUAGAUAAAUGAUAUACAAAUUGAUAA